AUGUCCUCAUUACAGUAUCAGCAACCCGACAACGUCGCUUUGGCUGUUAUGAAAAAUUUGCAAGACCAGCAUGACUGGACAGAGCUAAAAUUUAUCUACACCAAGGGCUCAAUUAGGGCUUUGAUCAGAGGCCUGCCCACAAAGCGAUUAUAUCUGCAUCCAGAUGAUCAGAUUGUGGCGCUCGCACAAGAGCAAGUCACUGGUGAACGGGUGACAAAGAAGCCUGUGCAAGAGUGUGUACUUCCAGUUCAUUUGUCCGAAAAGUGGUCUCUCGCAGACUACGCGACCGUUUUCGACUCGUUGGCAAACACAGGUACACGGGAGAAGAGGAUUAUACUUGCAACACUACACGAUGACUCUACAGUCGUAUAUUACGUCAUGCAGGAGGGCAUGGUGAAGCCACGCCAGAAUUAG